GGGUCAAGUUCGUGAAAAUUUCUGGACUUCAGCGAUCCCUUCAGCACUGAGGUGAAGCCGAGGAUCCUGCUCAUGGGCCUGAGGAGAAGUGGCAAGUCAUCUAUUCAGAAAGUCGUCUUUCACAAAAUGUCUCCCAACGAAACACUGUUCUUGGAGAGCACGAAUAAGAUCUGCCGGGAAGAUGUGUCCAACAGCUCCUUCGUGAAUUUUCAGAUUUGGGACUUCCCAGGACAGAUUGACUUUUUUGACCCUACAUUUGACUAUGAGAUGAUCUUCCGGGGAACAGGAGCACUGAUAUUUGUCAUAGACUCCCAGGACGAUUACAUGGAAGCCCUGGCCCGGCUGCACCUCACAGUGACCAGGGCCUACAAAGUGAACACCGACAUCAACUUCGAGGUGUUUAUUCAUAAAGUGGAUGGUCUGUCAGAUGACCACAAAAUUGAAACCCAAAGAGAUAUUCAUCAGAGGGCAAAUGACGACCUCACAGAUGCUGGAUUAGAAAAAAUUCACCUCAGCUUUUAUCUGACAAGCAUAUAUGAUCAUUCAAUAUUUGAAGCUUUUAGCAAAGUGGUUCAGAAAUUAAUUCCACAACUCCCCACCCUGGAGAAUUUGCUAAACAUCUUUAUCUCAAAUUCUGGAAUUGAAAAGGCAUUUCUAUUUGAUGUGGUCAGUAAAAUUUAUAUUGCAACUGAUAGUACCCCGGUAGAUAUGCAGACCUAUGAGCUCUGCUGUGAUAUGAUCGAUGUGGUUAUUGACAUCUCUUGUAUUUAUGGUCUCAAAGAAGAUGGAGCAGGAACCCCCUAUGACAAGGAAUCAACAGCCAUUAUAAAGCUGAAUAAUACCACAGUUCUUUAUUUAAAAGAGGUGACAAAGUUCCUGGCUCUUGUUUGCUUUGUCAGAGAGGAAAGCUUUGAGAGAAAAGGGCUUAUUGACUAUAAUUUUCAUUGCUUCCGGAAGGCCAUCCAUGAAGUUUUUGAGGUAAGAAUGAAAGUGGUGAAAUCACGAAAGGUUCAAAAUCGGCUGCAGAAGAAAAAAGGAGCCACCCCCAAUGGAAACCCGAGAGUGCUGCUGUAGGGGAGGUUUCAGGAACAGCUUUUGAAAUCAGACCUUUCAGUCUGGCUGCUGCACUGUGUUGCACUAAAGGAAGAAGAAGGAAACUGGGACACAUAACAUAAAUUUGUUGUAAAAACAUAAUUCCUGCAACCCUCUUGAUGUUUUCUUUUUUUAAAUAAAGCAAGCACUUUGAAGCAAAAACUUGUAUAUUAACAAUGAAGUUAAAUCCACUGUAAUUUUAUGACACAAAUGUAAACUUUUAUGGUCUGUAGUCAGAAAAAUCCUGUGUGAGAACUGCCAGGAACUGUAUAUAUUUUGCACUUUUUCAUUGAACUAAACUUUGAUAAAAUAACUUUUCUAAGCCUUUUCUGUACUUGGUGUGAAGGACAUGCAUAUGGUAGUUCUUAGCUAUAUGGCAAUCAGAAAUUAAUCAAAAUGUAAUGCAUCAGCAAUGAAUUUUUAUACAUUUGGGAAUCUUUGCUACCAAUUGUUGAGAAAAAAGUCAUUUUUUAGUGGCAAUGGAACAGAUUGGGGCAGCAAGCUGCAGGAGCAAGAAGCACUGUCCCUUGUUUAUAACUAAUACAAACAGGAGUUUUGAUGAAUAAUAUUAGCACCGAACUUAUCUAAACAUUUCUAUGGCUAUGGCAGUGCUUCCCUAUUCCACAGUUUCUACGAAGUUCUUUACCUCAGCACACUUCUCUAUCUGCGUUUUAUACAGACAGGUGGUUUCUUUUUGCUGUGUUACUGUGCUUUAGAACCUUUGGGACCAGACUUCCAAAACGAUGCCGAUCACUGGAGACAAAUAAAGAAUGUCAUUGAAGUGCAGGGAUUCUGGAGGUUUUUUUGUACCUGCCACCCAGGCUAAAGUAACAUCAGAGGACACGUGAUUUCCCAAAUGUAGGUGAUUGGCAACUGCAGAUAUGAAAAUAUAUACACAAGUCUGUAUGUUUGGUCCCUGUGAAAUGGACCUGUUAUUGUGCAACAUUGGAAAUGUUUAUUUAGGACCAGCUGUUAUUACUGCUCCAUGAUCACAGAGAAUGUCUCAGAUCUCUGCCAUAGAGCGGAAUCCUGUUGGGCACAUUUGUCACCUCUGAGUGUCUUUCUCAUCUGUGACGGCGUACCUUGUAGACUCUGCCUAUUCCCACCUUAUGAUUGAACUAGAGCUCAGCUUGCCAGCAGAGCGCUGCACAGCUGAAAAGUUAUCCUGAAAACCCCUCAAGGUCAAUGGCAAGAGAAUGGCCAGAGGAGGCAUUACAGUUAGCUAUAUAUUUGUUUCCAUGAAAUUCUUUCUCUUAUGUUUACUUUAGUAGCAAGUUAGGAGACUCCUAAAUCUAUCCCCAUCCCAAACCAUUCCAAGUAGAUCAUUCUAGAUCCAUCCCAAGGGUCAGUGCCUAAGGCAUGCUUGUGGGUAUUAGAAAAUAUAUAUAUAUUUUUUUCUUUUAGCAGAGGCUCAUAGGGAUAUCAAAGCUGCUCCUAGCAAAAUGUAUCAAGUUCCUAAAGCAACUUGUCCUUGAAAUAAUCCCACUUCUAUUUGAGACUUUUUUCUGUCCUCUCUCCUUCCUCUCUCCAAGUCCCAUUCCUUUGAGUCUAGUAACUGCAGUUUAAAAUGGUAGCUGAUUGGGGUUUAAGGUUUCAGCUCUCCCAAGAGGCUGUGCAUUUUGGAAGAAAAUUUCUAAAAAGCAUGAAGGACCCCCAACCCCCCUCAUAAUUUUUGCUCAGAAACCUGGGUGAGCAGGAACGCAGGGUUCCAGAGAAGUCUUCUCUAAUGUUCAGACCUAUACUCUGUUGGACCUUUGCCAACAGGUCUGGUAUGGGUGGGCUAUUCUUAUAGAUCUAAUUCUUUAAUAAUUUUUACAUAAUGCUUUUUUGAGCAAACACAAAAAUAAUUGCUUUUCUAAUGUGACUUUAUCCUCAAGAUAGAGACAUUUGCCUAUCUGAUAAAUCACACAUUACUUAUAUAUAUAUAAACGUAUGUUAUUGUAACCAGAAGGAGCUUCCAUUUUUGAGCUGAGUAUGAUGGGUUUUUUGUUAAAAUGUGCCUUAAGAGCCUAUUUACUUCAUAAGCAAAGGAUUCUUUGGGGGAACAGCAAAAUUAAUACUGCAGCAUAAGGACCCAAGUUCAUGGUACUCAGUACACUCUUUGAAUAAUCACACACUAAUAUAUAGAUUACUGCCUCAGACCUGUAAGCAUGGCAACAAAUUCUUACAUAAAGAGAUGUAGGAGUUAUGUCUAAGCGUUCAGUUUUCGAAGUUUGUGCCAUUGAAAUCACAACCUCUCAAUUCCUUUUGCAUUUUAUUUUUGAUAUGGGACUUAGCUUACUGUGACGUCUAUGGCCACAUUUAGGUCUCAAAUCCAAUGCUAUUAAUACAAAGCCCAAAUAUCUGGCUACAGCUCUAGAACAUGUUUGCUCAUUUUCAGAGGUUGAGAACUUGAGCUACAGGUUUCUAGGGCAAUUAGAACUUCUGUGUGGAGGUGAGACUCUGAAUUACUUAUCAUCUUCGGUUAUUUUCAGUUAUGUAGUUUGUGUGUACGACCAGGGUAGAGUGUUUUUGAAGGAAUAUAAAUAAAAACUGUUGACAUUCACUGACAGUGUUAUUUUGUGAACAUAAUAUAUUUUGAACCCUUAAAUAUAAAAUGACUAAAAACAGCAAUAUUGUUAUAUACGGGUUAUAUGCUAACUGUUUGAAAUAUACUCCAGAAAAACAGUCAACUGUCUUGAUUAUUAAAGUAUGGUAUGCAUUCAACUUAUAUGGACUGGGUGUAAUUUAUAAUUGAGUAUAGUAUUAAGUUUUACUUUAAGCGGUUCGUCAUUUAUAACCAUUGUUAAACUAUUGCUUUCACAAAUGUUAACUGCCAAUUGAAAAGCUUGUGUCAUACACUCAUGAUAUGGUAAGCAUACUCAUAAUUAAUCUUUCAGGAAGCAGACUGGUCACUUUGGUGAAAAGGAAGUAUGGUCUUUCAUAUUUGUGAGAUUGUUUACCAUACACGCAUAUUACUGCUUUAUUGGCUCUGUUUGGUCCCUUUAGUAAAAUACGUAUUCAUCCUGAUUAACCAGCUUUCAUUUUGUGGAAAUGAGGAUAAAUCACUUAUUUAUUUAUGGAUUUGUACUUUUACUUUUUAUUAUUUU